ACAAAAAUGUUGUAAGCAUAUGAACAUGAUUAUGGAUAAUGUCUCACUUAUAACAGUGUUAAGUCUUUCUGGGUUGAAUGAGUUCACAAACUACAGAGUGGUUCUCUUUACCUCCACCUUGCUUUGUUAUUGCUUGAUACUAACCAUCAACUGCGCUCUGAUUCUCACCAUUGUCCUGGACAAAAGCCUUCAUGAGCCCAUGUACAUUCUGUUGUGUUGCCUCUGCAUUAACGGGAUUUAUGGCACCACAGGCUUCUACCCCAAAUUCCUCCUGGACCUGCUGUCUUCGUCUCAUGUCAUCUCCUACAACGGGUGUCUCGUGCAGGCCUUUGUGAUGUUUUCGUUUGCAUGCAGCGACCUGUCCAUUCUCUCUGUCAUGUCCUACGAUAGAUACCUGGCUAUCUGUAGGCCCCUGCGCUACCACCGUUAUAUGAACAAGCACAGGCUGUCCCUGCUGGUCUUCUUCUCCUGGUUGAUCCCUUUCAGCUUUAUGGCCGUCUGCAUUAUUCUUACCUCCCGGCUCACGCUGUGCAGCGCCAAGAUCCAGCGACUGUACUGCGUGAAUUGGGUCAUCGUGUUGCUGGCGUGCCCGUCGAACAACACCACACCGAACAGCAUUGUGGUGUACCUCACCAUGCUGGUGUACGUUUUCCACGGGGUGCUGAUCGGCUGGUCCUACAUGUACCUGGUGAGGACAUGUCGGGGCUCCAUGGAGAACAGGAAGAAGUUCAUGCAGACAUGUGUGCCCCAUCUCACCUGCAUGCUCAUCUUCAUGUCCACCGUCAUCUUUGAUAUCAUGUACAUGCAAUUUGGCUCCAAAAACAUCGCUCAGUCACUGAAGAACUUCAUUGCCAUAGUGUUCCUGAUUAUAUCCCCGAUCAUGAACCCCGUCAUAUAUGGAUUCAAACUGACCAAAGUACGGAACAAGAUAAUUUUUUAUUUAAAUGUUUAUAGGAAUUACUCAUAACUGAGGGUUCAUGUGCUGACAAU